CCAGACGACUUUCUUCUUGUUUUGCCUCCCUUCCAUCUGUGAGCAGAGAAAAAUGAAAACCCUUCCUGUUCACCUGCUUGUCUGUUUGCUGCUAAUAGAGGCUGUCGUCUCUGAAUCCCUGAAUGAUGACGUUUCUGGACCGGGAAAAACAAUAUUUGAACGUUAUAAGAAGUUUAAAAGACAGCAUGUAGAUAAGCAAAUGACUGAGAAGAAAUGCACAGAUGUGAUAAACCAGAAAAGCAUCUACAGCAACGACAACAGUUGUAAGGAGACAAAUACGUUCAUCCUCGCUGAUGCAAACGAGGUCAAAUCCAUCUGCGAGGGACAAGGAGAUUAUCUUCAUGAAAAACAUUUGACAAAGAGUAAAAGAAAGUUCAAGGUUGUUGUUUGCACACUGACUAAGAAAGCCCGGAAACCCAGAUGUCAGUAUGAGGGAAAGCUGUACAACAGCAGAUUUGUUGUAGUGCAGUGCACAGGUGUACCUGUGCAAUAUGCAGAAAACGUUUUAAACUUUGAAGACUAAUUGUCCUCUGAACGCCCCAGAUCUUUGUAACCACAACCAUUUAAAAGGGGAUGUUCCUUUUUGUGUGUCUAUCUGCUGUUGAACAAACCUUGUUCUAUUAAUGUGUCCAUUAUUGUGUUUUCUCUAAAAACAGCAAACCUUGAUCUUCAUUUGGACAUCUGGCAUGUACAUUUUGACUUUUCGUGCAUUGUACAAAACGUCUGUACCACAGUAUGCAAAGA